AUACAAAUGAUUCAGUGAUAAGAGAUACGUGUUAUCAGGCUGAGAGCACUGUAUAAAUAUUAUCCUUAUAUUUUAUCGUACAUCGUUAGUUGAGGCUGACUGUCUGAAGUGUAUAAACCUUGAAGAUGAAGUUCACAAUCGCCCUUUUGAUCGUGACAACCGUGGCCUCACUCGCCAGCGGGGCCGUGGUGCAAGGCAUCGGCAGAUCAAACCUGAGCCAAGGCUACGUAUAUCCCGGGGACAGGUUGCUGACGAGGCACUACCUCUACCAACCAGCAAGGCCGAACACGAUCCAGUAUCAAGACUACACGUACCGAGGCAACUACACUACCAGGAUAUCAGCAGUAACCGCCACAGAAGUGGGUUACACCCAGUACGCGUCGGCGUGGGUGCUCGCCGGCGGGGUGGGGUACAGCAGCGUCACUGUAAGGGUGCAGUCCGCUAAGGGAUACGGGUUUUAUUUCGUUAUUGAUGUAUGGGGACGAUAAUAAGCAAUUUAUAAUAGUAGUUUAAUAUAGUAAGCGUUACUAAUAUAAUUUAAUAAAAUCCAGUUGCAUGAUAGGUGGUUAGAGUUCGGGCGAAAGCCCGUUAAAAUUUUACCUGAAUAAAAUGUUAUUUGUACAAGAAAUAAAAUUAUAAUUGAAA